GCCCACUCCCUCCCUCCGAAUCAGACAGAUCCAAGUCAAUUCCUCCAUUCCCAAGCUAGCCAAGGAAUCCCGCGUCGGGAUCGGCCGAGGAAGCUUCCACCCCCCACGGGGUUCGGGAUCGCUCAAUUCGACGGCGGCCUCGAUUUGGUCUCGUUCGCUGCAGAUUCAUCCGAGGUGGGGAAUGGGGGAGGGGAUCAACGGCGACGCCCGCUUUGCUGCGGCGCCGUACGACCACUGGGUUCUGCUCGACCCCGCCGGGGGGUCGCCGCGCCCGUCCGCGCGCUAUAAGCAUGCUGCGCAAGUGGUUCAAGAUAAACUGUAUGUGGUGGGAGGAAGUCGCAACGGCCGCUCUCUAUCAGAUGUCCAGGUUUUCGAUUUUAGGACAUUCACGUGGUCAGCUUUAAAUCUUACCAGGGACUCAAAUCAGCUGAAUCAUGAAAAUAAUGCCACAGGUGGGUCGUUCCCAGCAUUAGCUGGCCACAGUUUGGUCAAGUGGAAAAACAAUCUAGUGGUUGUAGCUGGGAACACGAGGUCAUCGUCAUCAUCAAAUAAGGUUUCAGUAUGGCUUAUUGAUGUGGAAACCAAUAGCUGGUCUGCUUUUGAUACUUAUGGAAAAGUCCCAACAGCUCGAGGUGGUCAAUCUGUAUCCCUACUGGGUUCUCGAUUACUAAUGUUUGGUGGAGAGGAUAACAAGAGAAGGCUACUGAAUGAUUUUCAUAUACUUGACUUGGAGACAAUGAUGUGGGAAGAAGUGAAAACAGAGAAAGGUGGUCCGGCUCCUAGGUAUGAUCACUCAGCUGCUGUUUAUGCUGACCAGUAUCUUCUGAUCUUUGGUGGCUCUUCUCACUCUACUUGCUUCAAUGAUCUUUACCUACUUGACUUGCAAACUCUGGAGUGGUCUCAACCUGACACCCAAGGUGCACAUAUAGCUCCUAGAAGUGGCCAUGCUGGUACUAUGAUUGAUGAAAACUGGUACAUUGUUGGUGGUGGAGAUAAUGCAAGUGGUUCCACUGAUACAAUUGUAAUGAAUGCUUCCAAGUUUGUCUGGUCAGUGGUCACCAGCAUCUCAGCUCGAGAUCCACUAGCUUGCGAGGUAAGUAAUGUUUGUGCAAUUGUGUUACCUUUGUCUAAGUUUCUUUCAGUUGUCGAUUCCUGACAUGCUUAACUAUCUGACAAAAAUGAGGAUUUGCUGCAGAUCUUUAUUUUGAGACUCAAAGCUAGAAAUUUAGUUCAACCUCGUCUUCUCCAGUCACCAGCUGCAGCCGCCGCCGCCGCUUCUGUGACAGCUGCCUAUGCUGUAAUUACCGCUACAGAUGAGAAAACUAGAGAUAUUGUUGCUACAGAUGACUUUGACAUCAAGAAAGCUCUACCUGCAAAUUAUUCCAAAAAGUUUGUUGUUGAAAUUGAUGCGGUUAAUGGAGAGAAAGAUAAACUAGAGUCUAGACUGGCAGAAGUUCGUGAUGAGAACUCAAAACUAAAGGAUAAACUAGACCUGGCAAACUUGUCAUAUGGUGAAUUAGCAAAGGAACUUGAAUCAGUUCAAAAUCAACUAGCAGCAGAGGGUUCAAGAUGUCAGAAACUCGAGUCCCAAAUUGCUGCUGCACGUAAGAGAUUGGAAUCAGCUGGUUCUUUGGAGAAUGAGCUGGAAGUACUGCGGCAACAAAUAUCUCAGGUGGAACAAACCAUGACAACUACUCAGAGACAAAAAUCUGGGGGUGUUUGGAAGUGGGUGGCAGGAAGUGCAGAGGCCUCCGACGAUGAAUAG